AUGGCCACCAUUACAACCGAUCGUUCAAUUCAACUAAAUGCUUUCGAGGAGACCAAGACCGGCGUAAAAGGCCUUGUUGAUUCUGGAAUCACCGAGGUUCCGGCUAUCUUCCGUGCGCCUACGGUUGUGUUAGAUAACCUAAAACCACCACCAGCUUCGCAGCUAACGAUCCCGACCGUUGAUCUGAAAGGAGGACGAGUCUUCUUAAAAAAACAAGAGGGCUCGGUCACGCGGCGAGGCGUGGUUGUUAAGAUAGGAGAUGCGGCGGAAAAAUGGGGAUUUUUCCAGGUGGUCAAUCACGGGAUUCCUCUCGACAAGAUGGAGAAGAUGAGAGAAGGGAUUCGAGGAUUUCACGAGCAGGACACGGAGUCUAAGAAACGGUUCUACCUCGCGAUCACACCAGAAAAUGGGUUUACUACAGCAACGUCGAUCUCUACACCGCUCGGGCUGCGAGCUGGAGAGAUACCCUCUGUUGCUACAUGGCCCCCGAUCCUCCAACACUGGACGACUUGCCUGCGGUUUGUGGGUAAGGGAAAUAUCGGAAGGCUUCAAGUUCUCCAUGACCACUAUUGGGUCGAUGUUCCUCCUGUCCCUGGGGCUUUUGUCGUUAACAUCGGAGAUCUUCUCCAGCUUAUAAGCAACGACAAGUUCAUAAGCGUGGAGCACAGGGUGGUAGCAAAUGGAGCCGCUGAACCGCGGAUUUCGGUGCCAUGUUUCUUCAGCAGCAUCAUGAAGGCCAAUCCUCGAGAGUAUGGACCCAUCAAAGAGCUUCUGUCAGAACAAAACCCUCCAAACUAUAGGGAGUUAACCAUCAGUGAGUUCUCAAACAUGUACGGGACAAAAGAACUCAAUACAUCUGCGUUACACCAUUUCAAGAUCUGA